AUGCUUUGUUCAUUUAACCCCUUUCUGCCUAUAUUUCAUUACACUAUCAAUCAUGUCUGUAGUAGUCUAGAGCUGUCUAUCAAUCAUGUCUGUAGUAGUCUAGAGUUGUCUAUCAAUCAUGUCUGUAGUAGUCUAGAGCUGUCUAUCAAUCAUGCCUGUAGUAGUCUAGAGCUGUCUAUUAAUCAUGUCUGUAGUAGUCUAGAGCUGUCUAUCAGUCAUGUCUGUAGUAGUCUAGAGCUGUCUAUCAAUCAUGCCUGUAGUAGUCUAGAGCUGUCUAUCAAUCAUGUCUGUAGUAGUCUAGAGCUGUCUAUCAAUCAUGUCUGUAGUAGUCUAGAGUUGUCUAUCAAUCAUGCCUGUAGUAGUCUAUAG